GAAAACUAAACUGAAUCCUAUCAGUGAUCGUGGUAAAAUGGCUGAAGCCAGUAUCACAGGGAAUCAGAACCAAUUAAGCUGUCCUAUCUGUCUGGAUCUGCUGAAGGAUCUGGUGACUAUUCCCUGUAGACACAGUUACUGUAUGAGCUGCAUUAAGAGCUGCUGGGAUCAGGAGGAUCAUCUUGAAGUUUACAGCUGCCCUCAGUGCAGAGAGACCUUCACACCCAGACCUGUUCUGGGUAUAAACACCAUCCUGGCUGAAGUGGUGGAGAACCUGAAGAAGACAGGAAUACAAUCAACUACUCCCACUGACCAUUAUGCUGGACCUGGAGAUGUGGAGUGUGAUUUCUGUACUGGGAGAAAAUGCAGAGCAGUCAAGUUCUGCCUGGUGUGUCUGGCCUCUUACUGUGAAACUCACCUCCAACCUCACUAUGAGUCUCCAGCUUUUAAGAAGCACAAGCUGGCUGAUCCUACUGGACAUCUGCUGGACAAGGUCUGUUCCCUCCAUGACAAACCCCUGGAGAGCUACUGCCGUACCGACAAGCAGUGCAUCUGUUUUUCCUGUGAAGCGUUUGAACACAGAGGGCAUGAUACAAUCGCAGCUGCUGCAGAAAGGGCAGACAUACAGAAAGAUAUGGGUGAAACCCAGACGGAAUUUCAGCAGAGAAUUCAAGUGAGAGAGAAGGAGCUGCAGGAGCUGAGAGAGGCUGUGGAAUCGAUCACAACCUCAGCACAGUCAACAGUGGAGGUCAGUGAGAGGAUCUUCACUGAGAUGAUCCGCUCCAUUGAGAGAAGACGCUCUGAGGUGACAGAGCUGAUCAGAGAUCAGGAGAAGGCUGCAGUGAAUCAGGUUGAAGAAUACAUGGAGAGACUGGAGCAGGAGAUUGAUGAACUGAAGAGGAGACACUCUGAGAUGGAGCAGCUGUCACGCUUACAGGAUCACAUCCAUUUCCUCCAGAGGUUCCAGGGCAUUCCUGUCGUCCCUGAAGUACUGAUUGGACGCAGAUUCUCUUCUUUUCUACCCUGCUAUUUUUGGAAGGCAAGGAAAGUGGUUUCAGAUAUGAAGGACCAACUGGAAAAUUCUUGUACAGAUACUAAAGACACCCUCCUACCACCAUUAGUGCCCAGGACCAGAGCAGAAUUCUUACAAUAUUCCUGUUGGCUCACUCUGGACCACAACACAGCAAACAGACACCUCCGUCUGUCUGAAGAUAACAGAAUGGUGACAUGGAAGAGAGAGACACAGUCACAUCCUGAUCACGAGGAGAGGUUUGACUUAUCCUGCCAAGUGCUGUGUAGGGAGAGUCUGACUGGGCGCUGCUACUGGGAGGUUGAGUGGAGCGGGACUGUGGUUGGUAUAGCUGUCGCAUACAAAGGGAUCAACAGGAAAGUAGCAGGUGUGGCCAGUAGACUUGGAUACAAUGACAAGUCCUGGUGUUUGUCCUGCUCAGCCUUCAGUUACUCAUUCUGGCACAAUACUGUGCAGACUGCAGUAUCUGGCCCCCCCUCCUCCAGGAUAGGAGUGUACCUGGAUCACGGGGCAGGGAAUCUGUCCUUCUACAGCGUCUCUGACACAGUGACCCUCCUGCACAGGGUCCAGACCACGUUCACUGAGCCCGUCUAUCCUGGGGUUGUUCUUUACAACAGUGAAGCCAGAUUGUGAUGACUUUCUUAUUAGACUAUUAAAUGUAUCUCAAAAAAAUAAUUGAUACUGGAAACCAUGACAACGGUUUGUGACCUGUGUGCUGUGAACAGCCAGUCACAUCAUCACACACUGUGGACAAGUUACAGACACCAGUUUAUCUUGAGGACAGCCAUACAGACAGAGGCAGAGAAUGCAAACUCCACACACACACAGACUGGGGUGGGAGUCGAACCCACAAACCGGGGGGUGUGAAGCCACUGUGCAGCAAACUAAAACACCAAGUCACCCUAUCUACACACAUUUUUUUUUUUCCCCAGGCACAGAGUCCAGACCACAUAUACUGAGAUUCUCUAUCCUGGAUUUUCAUUAAAUUAUUACACUAGACCAGGGGUCUCCAACUUCGGUCCUGGAGGGCUACCGUCUAGUAGGUUUUCUAUCCUACCUGGCUUCUGAUGAGCCACACCUGUUAUCAGGUAAAUACCAGGAACAGGUGUGACACAGGUUCCUAAUACUGCAUAGCUUGCCAUAUGUUUAUAGGUUAAUAGGAACUCCAGUUAAACUGGGCAAUACAAAUGAACAGCUAAGUAUCAUCAGAUCCCAGCAAAAAGCAACAAAUCUCUUUAAACUUGGUGUAUGUAAUAUUUCUACGUAGUAAAAGUCAAGUCAUUUCUGUUUAUAUUGCACUGUUAAAAACAACAGUGAUUGAUUUGAUGAAAGUGCUUUACAACAAUAAAAUCGAUAUGCAUA